CGGGCCUGGAAGGGGAGGGCUCGGAGAGGAGGGCUGGCCUUGGCCGGGUGCCUGCUUCUGGUUUUAGUUUCGGUUCUGUGCUCUUGCUGCAGCCAUGGCCGAAGCUUGGGAGGGAUGUGUAGGGGCUGGCAGCCUGAAGGCCGAGCUCACCUGCCCCAUCUGCCUGGAGCUGUACCAGGAGCCGGUGUCGCUGAGCUGCGGCCACAACUUCUGCCGGCCGUGCAUCGAGGAGGCGCCGUAUUCGCAGUGCCUCUGGACCUGCCCCACAUGCAUGGCCGACCUGGCUGUCCCCCUGGAGCUACACAGCAACUUCAAGCUGCGCAACAUCGUGGAGGCAUUUAAGGCCACCACUUCCAAAGGACAACAGGCUCGAAGAGAAAGCCUCCAGCAGGACGAAGGCACCGAGAAGGGGAAAACAGACGUGGUUCCCUGUGAGCAGUGCCUGGAUGGACCCCAGCCAGCUGUGAAAACCUGCCUGAUUUGCGAGGUGUCCUUGUGCCAGGCCCACCUGAGCAAACACAACGCCAGGGAUUUCCAUCAAGAACACAUCCUGGUGGAGGUGGGAGCAGGCAAGGCGGAGGAGAGGAGGUGCCGGCAUCACGGCAAGCUGCUGGAAUGCUACUGCCUGAGGGAGGAGGAGUGCAUCUGUGUGCUCUGCUCCAUGGCUGGGGCCCAUAAGGGCCACGAGGUCAUCACCCUGAAGGAGGGACACGACAGAGAGCUGGUUAAACUCUCCAGCACCAUGACAGACCUGCAGGAAUCUAGAAGUGAUUUAGUUACUGCCCUAGAAGAGCUUCAGGAAAGAGAGACUCAGAUCAAGAACGAUACCAAAACACUGACUUCUGACCUAAAACAGCUGUUUAAAAGUAUAAAGGCAGAGCUUGAUAAGAAACAGAGGAUGAUCCUGCGUGACAUUCAGUCUUAUGAGGAAGAAAACCUGGCAGUUGUCGCCAACGCAAGGAAGGAAAUGGAACAGAAGAGAGACCAGGCUGAGCAGAACCUUCAGGCUUUGCAGAUGAUAAAAGAGCAACCAGAUACUUUCCUCUUCUUCAAAGAUCUGAAAGAAGUCACAGACAGGAUUGCAAGUCUGGAUCUGGUCACUGAGGAUGUGAAGGUGCAGGCAGUGCAGCUGAGUGACAGACUGAUGGCCCAGUAUGAAACCAAGAAAAAGAGUUUUUUGUUGGAUCUGGACUGUCUGCUGAACGAUGUGUGCGAACAACAUCGCCAAGGAAAUGAGAAGGAACAGGUCCAGAUGUAACGGAGAUGUGAAAAACAGAUGUCAGAACUGAGAUGGAAAGAAAAACUGGAAUAUUAUCCAAAAUUACCUCUAGUAAUGAGAACCUGCCACAUGUUUUGAUCUCCCCUCCUACCUUGAAUUCAAAUAAAUUCUGUAACACAUGCAAAUUUUUUUUGUAAGUACUAAGAAUUAACACGAACCUAAUAAAAUCUACUGCUGCUGCAU